AGAGAGACAGAAACAUGGGAAAGAAGUGUUCUUCACUAUUACCUCACGUACUCGGUCUGCUUUUGAUGCUCUGCAUCUUCCCGGCUCCAUUUUCAGUCACAGGUUUGGUUCUUCAAACGGAGAAAACUGAACUUCCAAACGAAAACUCACCUGGACGAAUUCUAUACCAACUGGCCAAACCUGCUACUUUCGAAGUGCAAGUACGUGGAUUUGAAGAGAAGGGACAAGAGCGAACGCACUCCCUAAAUAGUGAAAAAAAAUCAAGAAGCGUGGAGAAAACUCACCAGUCAGAAGGGAGAAGACUUUUGGGCCUUUAUUUUCCAAAUGUGGGAAAAGCAGACCCUUCAAAAAGUAGACAGGGUGGUGGUCGCAAUCCUGAAGCCGCCCCCUAGUACUUCUUCUUAUACCCUCUAGUAUAUAUGAGGGUAAAUUUUAUUUUUUGUAUUCAUAUGUAUGUCCUUUCAAAAAUUUCAGUUUUACGUACCUUUAUGUUUCAGUGAUUGUAAUAAAGGUCCUCUAAACAUUAUGAAUGCCAAUUGUUUCAAGUUAA